UAGCGAUUUCAUUUGUGAAGUAGCGCGUUUAUACAGUAACAGUAAGCAGUUAGCAACUUAGCAUCAGCUCUGUUCCAAAACCCAAUCCUGAAAUCCUCAAUUCUCACCCAAUCAAUUCAAAACCCGCCACCGAUAUCAAAAUCCGGCGAUUCCUCAAGUGAAAUUCGAAGCAGACGAUGCUCUCCUUAACCGCUUUCCCUUGCCAUCUCCUCCCCCCUCCCCAACACCGAUCCCUAACCCUAACCAGAUGCAAUCCAGAAAACGGCGCCGAUCUCAGCCCACCGCCGCAAAAAAUCCGGCCGCCGGAAUCAGUAGAAAUCCGAUUCAAACGCGGCUCGAGACGGCGGCGAAGGCAGGAGGAGGACGGCGGCGUUAAAAAAGCGGUUGAAAAGCAGCCCAAGGAUUGGGAUUCGAUGAACUUGAGUGAGAAGGCGAUGGAGCUGUACGUCGGCGAAAAAGGUCUGCUGUUUUGGCUCAACAAAUUUGCAUAUGCUUCCAUCUUCAUCGUGAUUGGUGGAUGGAUUCUCUUCCGAUUUGUGGGGCCCGCUUUGGACUUGUACCAGCUCGACGCUCCUCCAUUUAUAAUUGACUAUUUUUAA